UGUGUAUAUAUAUACAUCUCGAAUGUCCUAAACUCGAAGGACAAAUCAAGACAGAGAAACACAACUCCAAUCCUGACAAGAAAUCCUCUGUUCUGUCUGAUCGGAUCUUCAAAAUUUUAUAUAUUUUUUUUUCAUUCUGCUUUCUUUUAAUUUUCUACAGCCAAACAUGACUAGCGAAGUCUCUGAGCGGAUUCAUGUAUGUUUCUUCCCCUUCAUGGCUCACGGCCACAUGAUUCCUAUUCUGGACAUGGCCAAGCUUUUCUCUAGCAGAGGAGCCAAAUCAACCAUCAUCACAACGCCAAGCAACUCUAAGAUCUUGGAGAAACCCAUUGAAGCAUUCAAAAACCAAAACCCUGGUCUAGAAAUCGGAAUCAAGAUCUUCGAUUUCCCUAGCGUAGAGCUUGGAUUGCCUGAAGGGUGCGAGAACGUUGACUUCAUCAACUCAUACCAAAAGCCUGACGCAGGUGACUUGUUCUUAAAGUUUCUUUUCUCUACCAAGUAUAUGAAACAGCAGUUGGAGAGUUUCAUUGAGACAACCAAACCGAGCUGUAUUGUCGCCGAUAUGUUCUUCCCUUGGGCGACGGAAUCCGCAGAGAAGUUUGGUGUCCCAAGACUUGUGUUCCACGGCACAUCUUUCUUUUCCUUGUGUUGUUCUUAUAACAUGAGGACUCAUAAGCCACACAAGAAAGUCGCUACGACUUCUACUCCUUUUGUAAUCCCUGGUCUCCCUGGGGACAUAGUUAUCACAGCAGAGCAAGCCAAUGUUGCUGACGAAGAAACUCCAAUGGGAAAGUUUAUGAAAGAGGUCAGAGAAUCGGAGUCCAUUAGCUUUGGUGUUUUGGUGAAUAGCUUCUACGAGCUGGAAUCGACUUACGCUGAUUUUUACCGUGGCUUUGUUGCUAAAAGAGCUUGGCAUAUCGGUCCGCUUUCGCUCUGCAACAGAGAGAUAGGGGAGAAAGCUGGAAGAGGGAAGAAGGCGAGCAUUGAUGAGCAAGAAUGCCUCCACUGGCUCGACUCUAAGAUACCUGGUUCAGUGGUUUACAUGUCCUUUGGCAGUGGAACUAACUUCACCAACGAGCAACUGUUAGAGAUCGCUGCUGGUCUUGAAGGCUCUGGACAAAACUUCAUCUGGGUGGUUAGGAAAGAUGAUAACAAAGGUGAAAAUGAGGAGUGGUUGCCUGAAGGGUUUGAGGAAAGAACGAAAGGGAAAGGGCUGAUCAUACGCGGGUGGGCUCCGCAGGUGCUUAUACUUGACCACAAAGCGGUGGGAGGAUUUGUGACGCAUUGCGGAUGGAACUCGGCUAUUGAGGGCAUUGCUGCGGGGUUGCCUAUGGUAACUUGGCCAAUGGGAGCGGAGCAGUUCUACAACGAGAAGCUAUUGACAAAAGUGUUGAAAACAGGAGUGAAUGUAGGAGCUACCGAGUUGGUGAAAAAAGGAAAGUUGAUUAGUAGAGAGGAAGUUGAGAAGGCAGUGAGAGAAGUGAUAGUUGGGGAAGAGGCAGAAGAAAGACGGGAACGGGCCAAGAAGCUAGGCGAGAUGGCUAAAGCUGCUGUCGAGGAAGGAGGAUCUUCUUAUAAGGAUUUGAACAAGUUCAUGGAAGAGGUUAAUGGUAGAAAGAAGUAGAAGAAAGACAGAACUGAUCGUUGAGGGUUUAUUAGGAUUUGUUUGCUUUAGCUACUAUCGUUGAGUUUGUUGAGAUAAGUCUAUAGUGUACCUUGCAUAAUAAAAUUAUAAUUGUUGGAA